UUUUUAUUUGAAUCUGGGUUCUGGGGUAGCUUCAGAACUCAUCCUGGACUAGAGCUGGAAGCGUGGUGAGGGUCCAGCUAAUCGGCAAACAAUUUUCACUCCCCAAGUUAUCUAUUACUCGUGGCUGAUCUGGAUGUAAAAAUAGCCUCUGAGGCUGCUUGUUUAAUCUGACUGUUACUUGACACCACACGGGUGUUGCAGAGCAGCGGACUGUGUGCCUCUUCCCCACCAAGUUUCCCCAGGCCAGUCUCUGCUUGGCCUGGCUAAAGGGGAAGACGUUGGGGCAACUAGGCAGAGCCGGAUACCCUCCAGAACCCGGGAAGGUCUGUGAAGCCGGCAGCGGGGACGCACGUGGAGGAGGAAGAUGGGCAGUGAUGACGCCAAGUCUCAGCAUCAAAGAAUGUUUGAAAAACACAGGUCCUAAAAGGCAGACUCCCCCAGCCCCCACUGCCACAACAGGUAUCAUACAGAACUGAAGAAACGACCUGAAUGAAGCUGGCAAGCAGAAGUCAUGUGGCUAUUUUCUGACCAUCAGUGAGCAUCUCUCCCUGUCUGUUUGGAACCACACGGAACCCAAGAUCAGAGAGAAAAAAAACCCUCACUUUGCAACUGCAACUGGUCAACUCCAAGAUCUACCUUGUGACAGGCGGGUCUCUCUGACCUCUGGCCAGAAUCUCAUCAAAAGACACCAAACCGCUGGCGGGGACAGUCCUGCCAAAGCGAACAGACUAUGCAGGGAAACAAGAAGUGCACAGAUGGGUUCAGCGACACCUCCAGCAUCGGAAGCGUGCUGGACGACGCAGACAGGGAGGUGAGCAGCCUCACAGACCGCGCGUUCCGGAGUUUGUGCAUCUCAGAGGCCUUCCACGACUCUGACCCGACUCUGUCCCCAGAUAUCACCAGCCAGGGGUUUGGGGCUUUUCAUCAGGAAACAGUGAGCCACACCAACAGGAAAAGUGGGAUUUGGAGCCAGCUUCCAUCUCAAAGCACAGAGCAUUCUGGCUGGGCGGCCACCUUCCAACAGCAACCCAAAUAUGUUCAGGGGGAGGAAAAGUACCCCAAAAACAGUCCCCCGACGACACCAGCCCAGAGGAGACUGGAGGUGCCCAUUUCUGGUCUGAGGAGCAGCAGCAAGCCCGUCUCCAAGGUCUCAUCACUGAUCAGAUCCUUUGACAGGACAGAGAGUCAACCUGGUGACAGCCGGCCUCCUCCCAGCAAGCCCCCGGCUCUCAAAAAUCCCCCCAAGUUUGCACCUCCCCCAGAAGGUGGUGUCAACUUCUGCUUUGAUUCUGCCUUUCUGACGGUGAGGAGGGUUCCUGCUGAAGCCUCCAACACCCAUCCGAGCAGCCACCAGCCUGGCAGGGUUCCUGGAGAACGAGAGUCUCCCAAGAACCCAGAAGUAGCCUGCCACAGCUCAGACAGCCGCCUCAGGACGCCCGACCGUGGGACUGACUCAUUUGAGCCAAGGUUUCCCUCUCCCCCCCUCAAGCCAGCCCAAGCUGAGCCGGGAAGAGGCAAGGAGUGGGCUCCCAGGGGGACUUUCCUGCACAGUGAAAACAGUGCUUUUGAAUCAUGGGCUAGCCACCAACCAAAGCUCCCAGAGAGAAAGGACAUUGCUGAGACAAUCCCAGAAAGCAAAGCUCCCAAACACUACGAGGACAUGCCCUUGCCAAAGGAGCCCCACCCUUCUGAGUCCAAAGUCUCCCCCUGCCAAGGCCCGGCUAACUGUGCCCAGGAAGAGACCAGGUCAGUGUCUGGUCCUCAAUCCACAUCUGGGGCCUGGGGAGCCAGGGCUCCAGGAUCCCAGGUGUUCCCUGUGGAGGGAAAUGCUUCACAGAUUGACCCUCAGACGAAUCGGAGCCAGCCCCCCUGGAGGAAGCCAAAAACUGGCAAAGGAGGAACAGAUGGCCCACAUGAUACUUUGGAAGACAAGAAACAGCCCAACAGGAGAGGCCUACCUCUGUAUUCAAAGCUCAACCCUCAGGGUCAACUUCCAGAAAAUGGUGUUUUGGACAUGCCAGAGGACCCCAAUGGCCAUUACAGCCCCCCCUUUAAUAUCAGUAAACUCCUCACCCCAAUUAUACCCACCAAGCAUGUCCUGGAAUCUUCAGACACGCAGCCAGUGGAGAUCAGCCCAUCUCCUCCAGGACAGCUAAAUGGAUACCAAGAGAAGGAGGCCAGGGAAGCUCAGUCUCAGGAGAGCUACAAGUCCAAAGCACCCAGCCUGCUGUUCAACCUCAAGGACGUUAGGAAGCGUGUCAAGAGUACAUACAGUCCCUUGCCUCUCUUAAAAAGCUUUGAUGAGAAAACCAGAGGUAACCCUGACGGCAAGCAAGAGCCUGUAAACAACGGGGUCACCCUUCCCAAUGGGCUUGAAGGAAACCCCGCCGAGCUUUUGAAGGAGAUGCCAGCCGAUGCCCCCAGCAUCGUGCACAGCAGUACCCAGAGGGAUCCUGUUAUCAACUCCAGUGAGUCCUUUACCGACAGCCACCCGGCCCUUGGUUCAGCCAGCUCCAAAGCCCACUUCAGCGUCAAUGGGGAGGCUGCAGACAGGAGCCCUAACGAGAAGGAAGAUGCCAGUGGAGUGUCAGAGCAGGGUCCUUCCCAGUCCGGCUGGCAUCCAGACGCCAGGGAACACCUUCCCCGGAAACAUCUCUCCCUGAAACUCCGCAACAAGGAGUCUGAAACAGGACAGGCUACAGAGAAAACGAAGCCUCGCCAGCUGGAGAAUGGGCUCUCAAGAUCCAUCUCCCAGGAGACAGAGCCUGAGCAAGAAAUGGGGCUCCAGAACCUACCCUUGAGCCAGAAGUUCUCCCCAGGGCCCCUUUCCCCUGAGGAGGAGGAUGUGUUUUACAGUGACAGCCAAUCUGAUUUUACCCCGUGCCUCCAAACCAAGCCUAAAUUCAGCACCAGCUCUUCAGACCAAUCCUUUGCUUCUUUUGACGAUCAGCAGAAGAUGUGGUUUACAGAAGGCCCCCGGGAAGAUAGGAAGAGUCGUGUGAGUGCAGGUGACGAUCAAAAGGACGAGAAGGAGACCGUGAUGGAGACAGAUGAGCCACAGCAAAGGGCCUUAAGCAGUGGGCGCGCGGGUGUGGAAGGACUCGGACAGGAGGAGACACAAGGGACAGCUGAAGGCUGGCGGGGAAAGGCGUCCGUGGAGGAAGUCAAUGUCAGAGGCUCUUGGGUGGGGGCUGAUAAGGGUACAGCCCUCCCACAUGGCAAGGACUUGUUUCCCUUGCCAGCCUCCGCCAACAAGCACAGACUGUUCCCAAUUAAAGACAACACGCUCAGGGCCACCCCGGUGAUAAAACCUAUCAUUUUGCCUCUCCUGAGGACGGUGUCCUCAGAGGACUCACUUAGUGGUGCACACAAAGAGAAUGAAUUACCAAGGCAACAGUGGGGCGAAGAUGCUGGUGGCCUCUGUGCCUCAGAAAGCCAGGAAAUGCGUAACAGCCCACUUUCCGGCAACGUGCCGGGCACACAGCAGACAUGUGUGGUGUGCGAGGGCGGGGAAGAGGACCCGGCCCACGCUGCUGAAAUUUCUCAGCAAGCCCGGAAGGGAAGUUUCUCUUUUCCACCACUGGUGGAAGAGGAGGGAGCGAUGAAGCCACCCCCGGAUAUAAGAGGCGAAGCGCCCGCGCGUGGUAAGAGAUCUGCAGACUCAGGGAAGCUGGCUGCCCCACAGCCCAUUCCCACCAUUGCUUUACCCCCGGAUGACCUAGAAGACCCGCCCCCCUCCCUGCCACUCCCCACCUGUUGGGAAGAACAAGGUUUCCAAAGCCACUUUCUGUCUGCACCCAGAGCAGGACCUUCAGGAAGAAGGCUGGUCCCCAGUGAGGCAGCGACUUCCCCCAACCCCAGCUCUCUAGAUGAGAGCAGCACAUGCUCUCCUGUGGCCAGCAGUGUUUGGGAAGAAGCUUCCCAGGCUGCUGGGGAACAGUGGCUGCACCAAGAGCCUCCAGGCCCCAGCCCCUGGGCCAGCCCGGGCCGGGCCAGGCUCACCCGGAGGGAGGACAUGACACACGGCCUCACAUGGGAGGCCGAAGGCUCUGAUCCCCAACUCGAGCGACUGGCAAAUCUCAGGACCCUCUCUCCAAGAGGCACCUUGCUGGCAGACGCUGCGGAGAAACCGGAGCCCUCUGUGCCCCUGGAGAGGGCGGCAGCGGGGAAGCCCCCUGCAGUCCCGCCCAAGACUGAGAAGGCCCUGCGGCGGGCGAAGAAGCUGGCAAGCAAGAGGAGAAAGAGCGAUCAGGCGCCCGAGAAGCACACCGAGGCCUGGGAAGUCAAGUCCUUCACGGAGGACACGCAGGGGACAGAGCCAGAGCGGAGGCCAGUGUCUCCGGGAAAGGGGCACCGGCCCAGGUUCCCUGCGGUCCGCUCCUUACCCCUGCCCACGCACCGCCACUCGGUGUCCUGCGGCUGGGAGCCCGCGGGGAGGCGGCCUUGGGGACUCCAGCCCCCCACGUCCCAACCUCCUUACCCCGCCACCCAGAAGGUGCUCCAGGAUCCUCAGUCAGGGCAAUACUUUGUCUUCGAUGUACCCCUCCUAGUGAAAGUCAAGACUUUCUAUGACCCCGAGACUGGCAAGUAUGUCAAGGUCUCUGUCCCGUCCUCGGAGGAGGCCUCUGAGCCACCUGUGCAGGAUGCCCUGGCUGCUCCCUACCUGCUGUACCCCGGCUUCCGGCCAGUGCCCGUAACAUCCUUAAUGCCUCUGCGUUGUUCCUCUCAGCUCGCGGCUCCGACCUUUCUCAGGCAGGGCCCAGGACACAGGCCACAGAGCUCCCAGGGCGCCAGACUGCAGCCUCGCCCUGAAAGUCUGGCUGAGUCCACCCAGCAUGCCUCUGCCCAGAGGCCCCGUGGGCCUCCCCAUAGCCCAGAGGAAGAGGGUGCAGAAGCUCCAAGCCUGAGCAUCAUCUCCACCGACGACCUAGAGGACUUUGCCACAGAGGGCGUUUCCUGAGAAUUGCAGCAGACUGUCCCCCAAUUCCCCCAAAUCAGAAAAGCUUACAGUCACAGAUCCUAUCCAACAGUGCCUCUGUCCACACACACACACACACACACACACACACACACACACACACACACACACCUUCAACUCGUAUUUAGCCAUUUGAGUCCAAAAGGAAGUGGAGAUCCCUGUGGGUUCCCUAGAGCCAAGACUCAUCAGUCUCCUCCCAUAGCCAUUCCCUGUCCUUCUCUGAUACCACAGUGGGGUGCAUACGGCAGGGGUCAUCAGUCAUCCUAAGAGUUACUGGGCUCAGGGCACCCCCAAGGGUGGGCUUCCUCAGCAAGGUUCCCAGAAAUGCUGAGUCCUGCGGUGGGCGGGAGGCACCCCACCUGGUGGACUCCACUACAUCCAACCUGGGGUCAAGCGUAGCACGCACGUCGCAGAAGUUUUAGGUCCCUCAGGUGGCACUGGCUAGGGACAGACCCAGGGCAAUCCUGCAGAAGUGAUCGUCUGUACAGUGUUUUUUUUUCCUCACGGCGGGAAUGUUGUCUCUGAAGACCUUCUGAUAAAGCAAAGACUACCAUUUAAAAUGCGAAACAAGUUUGCCAGUGUGGUCCUGUC